AUGUCACAAGCGUCACUUGCCGUGUUUCAACAAUCUGGAUCCUUUUCCCAGUUUCCACAACAAUCUCAACAAAGCUUCCGUGAUCGAUCACAGCAGGGCAUUUCAGAUUGGUCACAACAUCAGGGAUUUGCAGAUCAGCACAGAAUUGUUGACCGUUCGCAGCACUACGACUUAGCCAGUCAGUCUUCACAUCCUCAGCCCCAGCAGAGACGCGAAACCUAUGGAGUUGACACAGCCUUUCAAAAUCAGAGAGAACAAAUUGCGAGGGAAAAUUAUGAACAAGCCUUGAGGCAAGCAAGGGGAGAUGUGCGAACAGACUAUCAACAUGGCGGUCAGCAAUCACGCUACCAACCACCUGUCUAUGUGAAGGCUGAUCAGCAACCGCAUUACCAGCAGUCGAUUUCUGCUGGAGAUCAGCAAACACGCUAUCAGCAGUCAGUCUCCUCAAGUGGCGACCAUAGGACACAGUAUCAGCAGACAACCUCUCCAAACGCAAGAACUGUUGUGGUUACGAGAACCGGGCCCGGUUAUAGAGACCAAGUAAGUCAUCUCUAUUAA